AUGGCGCAGACUGAGGUGAAAAAAGGGCCGGCGGAGCCGCGGGCAGGAGAAGAAGCGACGCGUGGGGAGGAGGAGGGGGCGAAGAUAGGAGAGGAAGCAACGCGUGGGGAGGAGGAGGGGGCGAAGGCAGGAGAGGAAGCAACGCAUGGGGAGGAGGAGGGGGCGAAGGCAGGAGAGGAAGCAACGCGUGGGGAGGAGGAGGGGGCGAAGGCAGGAGAGGAAGCAACGCGUGGGGAGGAGGAAGGGGCGAAGGCAGGAGAGGAAGCAACGUGUGGGGAGGAGGAAGGGGCGGAGGGGGAGUGCGGGGUGGAGGAGGAGCGGAGGGCGGGGGAAGGGUGGAACGUCACGGGGGUGGCGACGUUUGGGCGAGUGGAGGUGGAAUGGGCAGGGGCGGAGCGGGCUGUCGUCAACCAGCGCACGUGCUUCUCCGUGACUGGUGGGUUUUGA